GUAGUGAACUAUGCCGCAAAAAUAUCCUUCCGUAGCCGAUGAGGUACAGAAGUUUCUCAAUGCACAUAAGGAUUAUCCGAUAGCGUUUGUGACCAGUGGCGGUACAAAGGUGAACUUGGAGAAGAAUUGCGUUCGAUUCAUUGACAAUUUCUCGCAAGGUACCCGUGGAGCGGCUAGCACGGAAUACUUUCUGAAGGCUGGUUAUGCUGUAAUUUUUCUGCACCGAGAUGAAACACUUAAACCAUUCUCUCGACUUUUUCCACGCGUUUUCAACUCUCUGAAAGUCGAAGAUGGCAAGGUUGUUUGUGACCUGCCAGGAAUAAAAGAAGCUGUUGAGCAAUUAACCAAAUAUAAAGAACAUCUGCUUUAUGUGCCGUUUUCAACACUGGAGUCUUAUUUUUACUACCUGGAAGAGAUUAGCAGGCAGCUGGUUCCAUUACAGUCUAAGGCUCUGCUCUAUUUGGCAGCUGCCGUGUCAGAUUUCUACAUUGAAGAAGAGAAAAUGCCCACUCACAAGAUCCAGUCUAGCGGUGGUGAACUCAACUUACGGCUCAGUCUAGCACCCAAAGCUAUUGAUCAGAUCGUUAAUAAAAUUAUUCCUGAUGCUUACGUCGUGUCUUUCAAGCUUGAGACUGAUGAAUCAAUAUUGAUCUCAAAAGCGCGUGCUGCAUUAGAAAAGUAUGGUCAUGAAUUGGUGAUAGGCAACAUCUUGCAAACCAGGAAAGUCCAUGUUGUGUUGGUCGAAGCUCAACAUACGGAGGAUAUCGACUUGACAAAGGAACAAGUCAGUAGUGGAGUCGAAAUCGAGCAAGAGAUCAUUGCAAAGCUGAAAGAACGUCAUCGAGCCUACAUGAUGAAACAUCAGGCAUAGUUUACAGUCCUUCAUCGACAAAUCUUACUUUAACAUUUGAUGACUCUUACAAAUUUCACCCAUACAAUGACUUCAUUCGUCAUUCUUGCCAUUUUUUAAGGUUUCUACCUUCCUUCUAGUAGUACACUCAUGUAUUCAUAUUUCAGCAUUUUCUUUUCGUAGGACACCUUGCUAAUAUGUAAAGUUCUUCAUACUCUAGAAUUUUUUCAUUACCCUUUUUUCGAUUUGCAUUUUGGCAAAAAUUUGUAAGUCUACACAUUUGUAAUAAUUGAUAAUAGUGCGUGCAGU